GUGGCGUCGCAGCAGCACUCCGCACGCAUUCACAGAGGACCUUGGUUGCUACGUUUCAAAUGGCACACGAGGAAAUAAAACGAUGUAGGCUGUUUCAUUGAUUCUUCUUUUUUUUUAAGCUUUAAGCUUUUUUUUUUAAAACAGCGUCGAUCCUUUGAAAAACGGCGCUAAAAAGGGGGGUCCCCCCCGAAAGCAGUCGCGGGAGCACGACGCCGCCGCGGACGUAUGGAAGACACAUCCUUCAGGGGGAUGCAGAAUCUGACGCCACACCCCCCUCCCCAACUCGGCGCUCCGGUUAAAGAACCUGUCAAACGAGACAUGGCAGCCGAGCGGGUUGGGGCUCUGCCGGAGGACCGAGCGGAGUCUGCGGAUACGCCUCGGUCCCCAGACAGCGUUGAGCUGUUUCAGGGCCACGGCUGCCACAUCCAGAGGAGGCAGGCGCGGGUGACCGUCAAAUACAACAGGAAAGAGCUGCAGAGGCGCCUGGACGUGGAGAAAUGGAUUGACGACUGCCUGGACCAGCUCUACCUGGGCAAGGAGGAUGACGUGCCGGAGGAGGUGAAUAUCGACGACCUGCUGGAACUGCCCAGCGACGAGGAGCGCGUCAGGAAGUUGCAGGCGCUGCUUCACAGCUGCGGCAACAACACGGAGACCUUCAUCAGGGAGCUGGUGGGAAAGCUGGAGGGUCUUCACAAGCAAGAGGAGCUACAGAGCGAGGGCAUCGAGCACCCGGUCAUCACUCACAACCACUACCGCCACGAGCCGUACCACUUUAACAGCCCCCACCACCACCCCCAGCCCCACCCCCACACUCACCACCACAACCAGACCCUCUGACCUCC